GAGCUGUUGUGUAGUUGAUGGGAAAGUGACUCUAAAAAUACAGUGUCUAAUUAAAAUACUUCUCAAGUAUCAGUACGAGGAGGACUUUCGUGCAAUCAUCUUCGUUGAGCGUGUUGUUGGCUUGUUGCUGGCUUGCUGCUCUAGUUCUUGAGUGCAGACGAGAACUGAGAACACCACCCAGACGAGAACACAACUACACAAGUGGGCUCAAUUAAAGAUCAAGCAAUUUGCUCAAAGCCUCAAAUUGGGUCAUUCUUUUGGUAAGUCUUUGAUUCAUUUAUUGUAUUUGGUUAAAAUUUCAAUAGUUCUUAAUUAUUUGAAUUUUGACAUGUAACUUGUUAAGUUGUUAUUUGUAGAAAAUCAUGUUCUUGAAUCUUGAUAGUUUUCUAGUUGAAUGGUAAUUGAUUAUUUGGUUUAUUAGUUACACCCUUGUGAAAAUUGGAACAUAUAUACUAGAAUUUGGAAUUUUUAGUAAUGAUUUGACUUCACAGUUCACACAAAUGACACAAUGCUAUAUUGUAAUAUUGUAUUAUGGAUAAUUGUAUUCAGUUUGUAGGAUUGUUGAUAAUUAUGGAUAAGUUUUUCAAAAGAAAGUCUAUAGCGGGUGAUUCUUCUCAAUCUCAUGCUCGAGACAAGUCCGCAAUGAAGCAAAGUCGUGUGGAGAUUGAUUUAACAAAUCUUCCUGCGGAUCCAGGGCAUCGACUUCCAAUAUGGAGUUAUAAUGCUAAUGACAGAGAUCAAGUUCGAAGAGCAUACCUUUUGAAGGGCCCUACUCAACCUGAAAGUCAUGAUUUUCCACAAACAGAAUUUGUGGAUGUCUUAAGGAGGUUCAAGGCAGAGUGGUUUAAGGAAUAUAAUGGUUGGCUAGAGUAUAGCGUAGCAAAAGAUGCUGCCUAUUGCCUCUAUUGCUAUCUUUUUCGACCGCAAACUUUAAAGGGUGGCGGUGAUUCAUUCGUUGGUGAGGGAUUCAUAAAUUGGAAGAAGAAAAUGAAGCUUAAAGAACAUGUUGGGAAACAUAAUAGUGCGCAUAAUCAAGCGAAGAUGAAAUGUCAAAAUCUAAUGAAUCAGAAUCUUACUGGAAGAAUUGAUGCGAUGUUCACUGGAAAGUCAAAUCAAGAUAAAAUUGAUUAUAGAGUUCGCUUGAUUGCAGCUGUUGACUAUGUUCGGUUCCUUUUACGACAAGGGCUGGCAUUCCGAGGGAAUGAUGAAUCUGAAUGGUCAAUGAAUAGAGGAAACUAUUUGGAGCUUUUUCAUUGGCUUGCUGCACAUAAUGAAGACAUAAACAAGGUUUCACUUAAAAAUGCUCCUAGUAAUUCUCAGUUGGUUUCUUCUGAUAUUCAGAAGGAUAUUUGCAUUGCAGCUGCAACUGAGGUCACUAAUGCUAUUAUCAGGGAUAUCGGCAAUGCAACUUUUACUAUUUUGAUUGAUGAAUCUAGAGAUGUAUCGACCAAGGAGCAGAUGGCAAUUUCUUUGAGAUAUGUUGAUAAAAAAGGGGAUAUAAUUGAGCGUUUUAUUGGGGUUGUACAUGUCGCCAAUACCACUUCUGCUGUACUUAAAGAUGCCACUGAACAAAUGUUUGCUCUUCAUAAAUUAAGUUUAUCAAGUUUGCGUGGUCAAGGUUAUGAUGGAGCAAGUAAUAUGCAAGGAAAGUAUAAGGGGUUGAAAGCACUAAUUUUAGAAGAGAAUCCAUGUGCUUUUUAUGUUCACUGUUUUGCUCAUCAACUUCAAUUGGCUCUUGUUGAUGUCCCAAAAAAUCACUUCCAAGUUAAAUUUAUUUUUGAAAUUACUUUGAAGAUCAUGAAUAUUGUAGGAGCAUCUUGUAAAAGGCAAGAGAUACUUAGAGCUAAACAGCAUGACAAAGUUAUUGAAGCACUCAAGAAAGGAGAGAUAAUUAGUGGAAGAGGCUUGAAUCAAGAAAUUAAUUUGCAAAGGCCAGGUGAUAUUCGAUGGAGCUCACAUUAUAAUACAUUGCUUAGCCUUAUAUCCAUGUUUUCUUCUGUUGUUGAAGUACUUGAAGUCAUUAUGGUUGAUGGUGUUAGUUCAGAACAAACUGUUGAAGCAUGCAUGUUGUUGGAGGCAAUACAGACAUUUGAUUUUGUGUUUACAAUGCAUUUAAUGAAGAGUACCUUGGCCAUUACUAAUGAGUUAUCACUUGCAUUACAAAAGAAAGAGCAGGAGAUUGAGAAUGCCAUGCGGUUAGUGUAAAUAUCAAAGCAACGCUUGAAUUUGAUGAGAGAAGAUCAUGGAUGGGAUUCUUUAUUGGAGAAAGUUUCAUCUUUUUGUUCCACACAUGAUAUUGUUGUUCCAAACAUGGAUGAUAAGUAUGUGGCUCGUGGUCGUCCAAGAAGAGGAGUUGAAGAAAGAACAAAUAAACAUCAUUUUCGAUUUGAGUUGUUCAACACUGUUAUAGAUAGGCAAGUUAUGGAGUUAAACAAUCGUUUUUCAGAGGCAAAUACUGAGUUACUUUUGUGUGUAGGAUGUCUUAAUCUAAGUGAUGGUUUCUCUGCUUUCAACAAGGAAAUGCUUAUGCAGUUUGCUCGAAUGUAUCCAAAAGAGUUUUCUGGUUAUGAUCUUGACGUGCUUGAGGAUCAACUUGACACAUAUAUUUUUGAAGUUCGAAAUAAUUCUGAAUUCUCAUCAGUAGAGGGAAUAGCUGGCCUUGCAAAUAAAAUGGUGCAAACACGAAAACAUACGAUAUACCCAUUGGUCUAUAUGUUGAUUACUUUGGCAUUGACUCUUCCAGUCUCAACUGCAAGCGUAGAGAGGGCAUUUUCUGCAAUGAAAAUUAUCAAGAAUCGGAUGCGUAGCCGUGUUGGAGAUGAGUGGCUUAAUGCUUGUUUGGUCGCAUAUAUUGAGAAAGAUAUUUUAGAUGGGAUUGAUAAUGAAACUAUCAUUCAAUGGUUUCAGACAAUGAGACCACGCCGAGUGCAACUGUAACCAGGGGCUAACCGGAUAAGUACCUAAGGACUAAGGGCCUAAGGCAUAGGUGGAGGCAUGGAGCUUACUACUUGUAGGCUUGUAGCCAAAGGUAAUCUUAGUUUGAUCUCCUUAUAUGUUUGAACUUUGAUUAGUUUGGUUAAU